UGCCUCUGAAGUCAAAGAUGAGGGAGGCCAUCAUGAGAUCUCCCCUUUUGAUGUGGAUGAGAGCUGUCCAAUUUUGCACGAUGAGAUGCGCAAACACCUAUUCCAGCUGGAGGCUCUGUCCACCCCCACAGGAGGCAGGAGGUAAGUGGUGUAAGUGGAAUGUUUAUUAUGUUGGGACACAAGGAAGGGGAAAUGUCAGGGCAGAUGGUUCACUCUGAAUGGUGAUUCAACUUGGAGGAAAAACUCUGUCCGAGUUAAACCCACACCCUCCCCCCAAACACACACACUGAAUACACUAGGGCGAAGCAACGAGGACCAAAAAAGAAGAAAACAGUGGCCUGCCUACCUUCAUCCAAUCUGCCUUUGGUUGAAGCAUUCCUGUUCACCCAAGCAAGAGGACAUGAUCUACCACGUGAUUGUUCCAAACCAAAGUGGCUGAUGGCUGCUGAGCACACGCUCAAUUUCCACACCAUAUAGAAACUGGAACUCAAGGGCCUCAUCUUUGGACUCUGUACUUAGUCAGCCUUAGUGUCGUGCUGCCUGAUAGGAAUCCUGCCCUUCAGCCAGUCUGACCUCCUCCAGGCCUCAGGGAUACAGCUCUCCGUUUCUGCCCUCAGGCGCUGCCCAUCCUAUGCCUGUGAUGUGUAACUACUACUGCCUCCCCUGAACAGAUCCCUCUCCACAAAGUCUCUUUAUUUUCCCUUCUUUGAACUACUCUAGUACGCACUACCUGUCACUAUGUGCCACAGUUUAGUUCUCAAACCUGUUAUUGACCACUUACUUGGACCCCCCCUCCUCAAAACACUCCCCUCCCCCAACCAGCUUCAUGGGGAGGUCAUUCUGCAGUCCUUCCCUUGGUUUUAUUUCUUUAAGGAAAUAACAGCAAUCCACCUUCUUUGGCAUCCCCCAUAGGACCUAACACAGGGCAUGGGUCAAAGUAGAAACGGAAUAAAUACAUGUUGAUUUGAGGAAGUAAUGUUGAUUAAGCAACUUACAAGUUCCAGGUAGUGUGCUAAGCAUUUUAUAAACAUUAAAUCUCACAGAAAUCCUGAAUGGUAGACAUCAUUACACCACUUUUUUAGAGAGAGAGACAGAAGCUCACAGAAUUUAAGGGACACGCACCAAAUGACACAGGUACUAACUGACAUAGCCUGUGCUUACUGCAGCACCCAGACUUCCUGUUCUGCUGGGAGUGGGCCUCCUGUGCAGGACAGUGUCAUGCUGAGAGUCUUCUAGUACAUUCCCUAAGACCCACUCUUCCAAGGUAUACGAGGAUGAAGGGAACACUCUAACAUGAUACCCCUUUCCAUAAGGUUGGAUCCUGUUUCUGACACCCAGCCCACAUUAAAUUUUCACUCUUUUUCCUCAAAAUGAAAUUGUAUAGUGGAACAUCAACUUAUCACAAUGAAACUCGCAAUGAAGAUAAAGUUAACUCUUUUUAUUUUUCAAUUUGAAACCGAGAAAAAAGCGUUCCUUUGGACAGAAGACCAUUAGUUUGUCCAUUCCACAAAGUGAAACAUCUUCCACCAAAUUGUCCCAUGUUGAUGAAUACAUUUCUUCGUCUCCCACCUACGAGACCGUGCCUGAUUUUCAGAGAGUGCAGAUCACAGGCGAUUAUUCCUCUGGGUCUUUACCCCUCCCAUGAAGAAGAGAGAAGACCCUUUCCGAACAGAUAACCUCCCGGAAAACCUCGGUUAUCACCUCAAAAUGAAGGACGGUGUGGUUUACAUUUAUCCUAAUGAAGAAGCAGCCAGCAAAGAGGAGCCUAAGCCACUUCCUUACCCAAAUCUGGACACCUUCUUAGAUGAUAUGAAUUUUUUACUUGCUUUAAUUGCUCGAGGACCCGUUAAGACCUAUACCCACCGGCGCCUGAAGUUCCUCUCCUCCAAGUUCCAGGUCCAUCAGAUGCUCAAUGAGAUGGAUGAGUUGAAGGAGCUGAAGAGCAACCCCCACCGGGAUUUUUACAACUGCAGGAAGGUUGAUACCCAUAUCCAUGCAGCCGCUUGCAUGAACCAGAAACAUCUACUGCGCUUUAUUAAGAAAUCUUACCAAGUUGAUGCUGACAGAGUGGUCUAUAGCACCAAGGAGAAAAAUCUGACCCUAAAGGAACUUUUUGCUAAAUUAAAAAUGCAUCCCUACGACCUGACUGUUGAUUCUCUGGAUGUUCAUGCUGGACGUCAGACUUUCCAGCGUUUUGAUAAGUUCAAUGACAAAUACAAUCCUGUAGGAGCAAGUGAGCUACGGGACCUCUACCUGAAGACAGACAAUUACAUUAAUGGGGAAUAUUUUGCCACUAUCAUCAAGGAGGUAGGUGCAGACUUGGUGGACGCCAAGUACCAGCACACUGAGCCCCGCCUGUCUAUCUACGGCCGCAGUCCUGAUGAGUGGAGCAAACUCUCCACCUGGUUCGUCCGAAACCACAUCUACUGCCCCAACAUGACAUGGAUGAUCCAGGUCCCCAGGAUCUAUGAUGUGUUCCGAUCUAAGAAUUUCCUUCCACACUUCGGAAAGAUGCUGGAGAAUAUUUUCAUGCCAGUGUUUGAGGCCACCAUCAACCCCCAGGCUCACCCAGACCUCAGUGUCUUCCUCAAGCAUAUUACUGGCUUCGACAGUGUGGAUGAUGAGUCCAAACACAGCGGCCACAUGUUCUCCUCCAAGAGCCCUAAGCCCCAGGAGUGGACCAUGGAAAAGAAUCCAUCUUACACUUACUAUGCCUACUAUAUGUACGCAAACAUCACGGUGCUCAACAGCCUGAGAAAGGAACGAGGCAUGAAUACGUUUCUGUUCCGACCUCACUGUGGGGAAGCUGGAGCUCUCACCCAUCUCAUGACAGCAUUCAUGACAGCAGAUAAUAUCUCUCAUGGCCUGAAUUUAAAAAAGAGUCCUGUGUUACAGUAUUUGUUUUUCUUAGCCCAGAUUCCCAUCGCUAUGUCGCCAUUAAGUAACAACAGCUUAUUUCUAGAAUAUGCCAAAAAUCCGUUUUUAGAUUUCUUCCAGAAAGGGCUAAUGAUCUCACUGUCUACAGAUGACCCGAUGCAAUUCCACUUCACCAAGGAGCCCCUAAUGGAAGAAUAUGCCAUCGCUGCACAAGUCUUCAAGCUGAGUACCUGUGAUAUGUGUGAAGUGGCAAGAAACAGUGUUCUGCAAUGUGGAAUUUCUCAUGAGGAGAAAGUAAAGUUUCUGGGUGACAAUUACCUUGAAGAAGGUCCUACUGGAAAUGAUAUCCGAAAGACAAAUGUGGCCCAAAUCCGCAUGGCCUAUCGCUACGAAACCUGGUGUUAUGAACUUAAUUUAAUUGCUGAAGGCAUUAAAUCAGGAGAAUAAAACAAAUAAACCAAAUAAUAA